AUGCCUAAACGAAAAAAAUCGUUUGCUGACCAACAUGAACUAUACGAAUCUAAUGAUUCUGAUGAUGAUUAUGCUGAACUCAUUAACCUUCCAAACCCAGACGAUUCCGGAGACUCAGAUGAGGAAUCUGAUAAUGAGGAUUUUCAUAGCAGCAAUCUUGAUGGAAAUAUUGAAGAUUUUCUUUCUCAAUACACAUAUAGAAAAAUUUCUAAAUGCUAUAGAGAUGAUCAAACAAAAUUGGAGAAUGAACACGUAUAUCAGUGGGUGGACGGGGAAAAAAUUUACAACAAUGAUAUACAAAAUGAAUUAUUGCUGAGUAAUACAGAAAAAGCAAAAAUUUGUAUAUCUAGCUAUGUUGAGUUAUUUGAAAUGUUCUUCACAGAUGAUAUGAAAAAUUACAUCAUCGAAGCGACUCGUGAAAAUGGCUAUGAUCUUUCAAAAAUAGAUUUGAAUACUUUUUUAGGUGUAAUUAUUCUAUCGUCAUUCAAUGAAAGGAAAUCUCAAAGAGAUUAUUGGUCAUCUGAUCCUCUAUUGUCUUGCGAUAUAGUUCAACAAGCCAUCACACGCAAUACAUUUGAACAAAUCAAAUCUCAUUUGAAAUGCUCUAAGCCUGCAGAUAAAAAUCCCAACGAUAAGGCAUGGAGAGUAAGAGUUUUGAUGAAUAAGUUUAGAAAAAAUAUUCAAAGAUUUGGUUAUUUUCAAACAGCCUUAUCCAUAGAUGAAAUGAUGGCUAAAUCAUACGCCAGAACAUCCUUGUUACAGUUCAUUCGAGGAAAACCUAUACGGCGUGGUUUGAAGUUUUGGGGAUGCUGCAGAUCUGACGGAUUUUUAUUAGAUUUUGAUUUAUACUGCGGUAAAGAUUCAAAUGAAAAUCUUCUGAAUAAAUAUUCUCUUGGUUCUCGAGUUGUGAUGAAUUUACUGGUACCAUUUUUCAAGAAAUUAUCUCUUACAGAAAUUUCUCGAUUCCAUCUUUAUUUUGACAAUUUUUUUACGAAUUUUGAUCUUAUUUUACAUUUGCAAAAGCAAGGACUAAGAUGCACGGGAACAAUAAGAGACAAUCGCGUACCUAAAGAAGCCAGAAAUGUGAUUGAUAAAAAAGCUUUAAGAGGUACAUGUAUUGCAAAACACGAUCAGAACAGUGGAAUAAACUAUAUAAGUAUUAAGGACUCGAAACAAGUGUCAAUAGCAUCAUCGAUUGCAGGUGUUAGCCCAAAAUUACCAUCACAAAGAUAUAGCGCAGAGAAGAAAGCAAGAGUUGAUGUACAUUUUCCAUGUGCCUUUCAUACUUACAAUAAAUUUAUGGGUGGUGUUGAUUUACACGAUAAUCAUUGCAACAAUGUUCUACUAUGCAUACGUUCAAAAAAAUGGACAUGGGUAGUUUUGAUAAGGCUUAUUCAAUCUCCAAUAGUCAAUGAACUUGUGCUGUAUAACACUUGUAAAUCAGAAGAUAAAAAGGUAGGAUCUAAAGAUUUUACAAUGAGUAUUGUCAGACAAUAUCUUGAAAAUGGUAAGAAACAUAGAUCAAAGAAGCACGAAGUUUCGUAUAAAGAACUAAAAAAAACUAUUCCACUGCAAAAUGCCCGAUCAGAACCGCAAAAUUUUGCAACACAUGUUCUCUAUAUUUCUGUAAAACAUGCUUUGAUGAUAACCAUGAAAAAUAAGGUACGGAUUAUAGAAUUCAGAAAUUACAAGUAA